AUGUCGCUGCAUCCCCGUUUGGUCAUUUUGGCGUCACAACUUGGCCUGCAUUUCACAUGCGAGGGUCGAGUCAAUUCCCCACAGGUUGCGCCCUCCGAGUUCUUCCCGCGUGUGAGGUGUGGAUUUGUCCUCCGAGUGGAUAUCGACGAACCUACGGGUUUCGGGUCCUUGGCCGAGUCCAGUGUCGAAGGAAAUAACCGGAGGAGCGGAGUAAAAUCGAGAAGGAUGGGAAGAAAGUUGACAGGAAAAGUGAUAAACAUGCAUGCGCCUCAAAUGCUCAUGGUCCCAGUCCGUCGCUAUGCAUGUGGUGUCGAAUCAAAUAAAAAUCAAAAGUGCUGUGAGUGGUGGCCUGGUCCUUUGGCUCACCCGUGUGAGAGAGAAUGUGUGUUGUGCCGGAGGCUUUGCAGCGUGCGUUGUGCUGAGUUGGAGGUGAAAUGUGACCCCACGUCGCUGGCCAGUCUUAGCCCCGCAUCUCCCAAGCUCACUCGCUAUGAGGAAACUCGGAGGUGCUCGUCGCAUGUCGCUGGCAUCAGGCCAUGCUCUCGGAACCGGGCCGUGUAG